AUGCCGUUCUUCAAAGACCUACGGCGGCGAUCUAAGGCCACUUUCCAUAAGACUCCAUCCCACACCGUGGAGGAGGUCUCCGGAAAAUCAUCCUCCACGAUCGACACUUCAUCCCACAACUCCAUCACUCCACCGUCAUCAAUCAGACCGACCCUGUCAACUCCCAGUCUUCCUGCACUCAGUGAAUCCGAUACAGUCAGCGCCAUUAGCACGUCGGUGCCUUCUUCGCAGCGACUAGCACCUGGGGUGACCGGUUCUCAGCGCAAUAGCGUCAUCGGCAGCAGCUCAUCAUCGGUCAAUGGCGCGUAUCGCUCCCAAGCUCCCGUCUCACCUUACGCUCCGAGACUAGUGUCGGUGGCUGAUAAUUCAUGGGUGAACCAAAAAGUGUUACUCGUGUACGGCCAAAUUGGCGACCCAAGACAACAUCCGCUGGACGGAAAUGUCACCGUCUACCAUCACCAAGAUAAUUUCCCGUCGACCGGCUGGCCCGUCACGGCAUCGCAUUUUAAAGUCCUCGUUCACUUAGUUCCCGACUCGGACGGUACAUAUGAUGCAGUACCGGAGCGCAUCGAGCGCGAAGGAAAUGGGUUGGACAUUGCGGUUCGAAAAUACCGCAUGGCAGCUUAUCUUUGGCAAGCCUUCACCGGUGAACAGAUGUUCCGCAAUAAUUUUGGACGACGCUGUUUCCGAUUUGAGGAGGAGUGGCAGUCUGGGAGCUUGAGUCGUCGCGACUCGGCUCAGGGCCAGAUGCGGAACGAGGCCAAGAUCCAUAUAGUCCGCACUGAAAAAACAGUGGCUGAACUCCGAGAUCUGAACAUUGCUCAACAAAAUGAUCAAGCCGGCAAGAAAGACGAAUUGUUUAACAUUGCGAAGCAGGCGGUGCGCAAUUAUUUCCAGCCGAAGCCCGGCCAGAAGCAAUAUGUCUCCGUUCUCCUUCUGGAUUCCCAUUGGGAUACAGAAUCACAAAUGAUCACCGGUCAUGCGGCUUUAGGCUCGGACAGUGAUGAUAUCAAAAUGGCAAUGUUUGGGUCACAUUGUCUACAAAGCUACCCCUCAUGCUUGGAAGAGGUUGUGGAUGCCUUCUCUGACUGCACCCGGACCGAUACGAACCACGUCGCGAAUGACUCCGGCGAUGCAGGCUCCAGCUGGGAAGCAGCGAACUUGGGCAUUGGUGCUCACCUACAUGAAUUGGGCCAUCUCUUUGGAUGUCCUCAUCAGGAAUCGGGGGUCAUGCUUCGCGACUAUGUGCGGUUAAACAGAACGUUCCUGACUCGAGAGCCUUUCUCGACGCGCACGAAGGCUCAGGGGUUGAAAAUAUGUUUACCCAAUGACGAGUGUGGCUGGCAUCGCCUAGAUGCGCUACGCUUCCGAUUCCAUCCCAGUUUCCGACUUCCAAGUGACCCUUGCCCCACCUUGGAUGACAGUGUCCAGGUUUGGCCGGUCGAGAACGGCAAGAUCCUGUUCACUGCCUCAUCGGGUAUUGCAUUCAUGGAACUAUAUGCCGAGGGCGACACCCUCUGUCACAAUUUCAUUGAGUACUUGAACAGCGAGUCCAGCCCUAAUGGACUGCCAAGACAAGUCGCUGUGACAGAGAUUGAGCUUCGCCAACGUGUGUAUGGAACCGAGAAGGAAAAGAAAAAGAACAUUCGGUUGGUUGUUUGUUCAGGUGCAAUGGGCAGCUACACUGUUGAGAACAUCAGCGAUCUCAAGUCAAAGAAUUCUUUGGUCAAGUUGCCCAAGAGCCAGUCCGGUUUCAAAAGUGGGAAAUUAGGCCAGUCGGCAAUGGAAGGCAGUGAGCCACAAGAGGUGUUGCUUGAAUGUGCUUUCAUCAAAACAAAGCUCUUGACAUCAAUCAAGAUAUACCAUGGGUCCGCAUUGGACGGUCUCGAAUUUUGCUAUGAGGAUGCGACCAGUCAGCUAUUUGGCAAGCGAGGAGGCAAGCCUGGUGGAGAUGAGUUUGUCCUUGAUACUCGACGCGGUGAAAUCCUUCUUGGGUUCUAUGUUCGGGCUGGCCUUUGGAUUGAUGGGAUUGAGAUCCUUACAAGCCUAGGAAGGAAAUCGGGUAUCUAUGGAAAUGCUACCGGUGGCUCAGGCCACACCUUGAUACCUCCCCUGGGAUACAAGAUUGCUGGACUCGCCGGCUCUUGUGCAGCGUGGGUUGAUGGAUUCUCAUUAAUCAUCCAGCACUGA